AUGGGGGCAAGGGCUGUGCAAGGAAGGAGGAGAGAAAGGGGAGAUGGGACGAAGGGGGAUAAGGAGGAGGCGAAGAUACACUUAUCUAUUUUGCUGUCUAAGAGGAGGCGAGUGGCGGUGGAAGACAGAAUUCGGAAAGAAUCCCCACUGCUGCGUCUGCUGCAGCAGCACAACCGGGACACGGCCGACUGGCUUCAAGACCUGGACAGGCGGCUAGAGAGGGAUGCAGCACACCUCAACACCGUACUCGACCGAGCCAUACAGCAACUGAGCGAGGAGAGGGAUAAGGCAGACUCUCAGGCAACGGUGGUGGAUCAAGCGACAGCAGACGCGAUUCUGAGGGCUCCCAGCGUAGAGACGGCGUCUGCGGUUCUAAGGGACAUGCAGGCAACCACUGUUGACCUGAGGAAGCUUGCAGAGAAAGAAGGGCGGGAGCGGGAUAAGGGGAGAGUAGGGGCGAACGGGGAGGGAAAGGAGGGGAUGGAGGGGGAGAGGAGAGGAGAGGCGGGAAGGAGGGGAGAGGGGGAGAGGAGGGAGGAGGAGAAAGGGCCGCUUGUGGAGUGUUUGGAGCUCUACACUCGAGCUCAGGGGCUCGAGAAGAGGUUCCAUGGAGAUUGGAAGACCUGGGUUGGGUGGGCUGAUACCUGCACCCCACCUCCCCAAUCCUCCCCCUCUCCCACCUCCCCAAUCCUCCCCCUCUCCCACCUCCCCAAUCCUCCCCCUCUCCCACCUCCCCAAUCCUCCCCCUCUCCCACCUCCCCAAUCCUCCCCCUCUCCCACCUCCCCAAUCCUCCUUCACCAGCCCUGCAGAUCUACCAGCAAUGGGACAGGGAGGUGGCAGUGAGGCAGUUCGUGCUAGGGCGACUCAAGGAAUUGGACCGGUACUGGCCGCUGCUGAGGGGCUCCCUGCAGAUCUACCAGCAAUGGGACAGAGAAGUGGCAGUGAGGCAGUUCAUGCUGGGGCGGCUCAAGGAAUUGGACGGGUACCGCCCGCUGCUGAAAGAUCUGAGGAUCAGUGCUGCCCAGGCCAACGCCACCGCUGCGGCCAUGGACGCUAAAAACCGUGAGUGGGAUCUGGGGUUGAGUGGGGUACAACCGGUAACAACCCAGAGACAACCGAGGAGGAACAACCCAGAGGCAGUGGGGCAGUUCAUACUGGGGCGACUGAGGGAGCUGGAGGGGUGGUUUUUGAGAAUUCUUAAAAACCGGCGACUGAGGGAGGCGGAGGGGUGGUUUUUGAGAAUUCUUAAAAACCGGCGACUGAGGGAGCUGGAGGGGUGGUUUUUGAGAAUUCUUAAAAACCGGCGACUGAGGGAGCUGGAGGGGUGGUUUUUGAGAAAUCUCAAAAACCGGCGACUGAGGGAGCUGGAGGGGUGGUUUUUGAGAAAUCUCAAAAACCGGCGACUGAGGGAGCUGGAGGGGUGGUUUUUGAGAAAUCUCAAAAACCGGCGACUGAGGGAGCUGGAGGGGUGGUUUUUGAGAAAUCUAAAAAACCGGCGACUGAGGGAGCUGAGGGACCUACCUGGGGAUGGACCUACCUGGGGAUGGACCUACUUGGGGAUGGACCUACCUGGGGAUGGACCUGGGGACGGACCUGGGGAUGGACCUGGGGAUGGACCUGGGGAUGGACCUGGGGAUGGACCUGGGGAUCAAUAA